GAGUAUGUAAACUAAGAAACAGUAUUUUUGUAAAUAUAACUUUCUGUUUUAUUUAUUUAAAGUGACAUAUAUCGUUGCGUGAACUUUGAUCAGGAGUGGUUACGAGGCGGCCGCCAAGACUUUUGUGGCAUCGGAUAUGGAUGUGAACUUGAAUGGUCGCUCCUUCCUGAUCACGGGGGCAAACAGCGGUCUGGGCAAAGCCACGGCGCAGGAGAUCGCCAGUAGAGGGGGAACCGUGCACAUGGUGUGUCGUAACAAGGGGCGAGCAGAAGCCGCCCAGAAAGAAAUCAUGGAGCUGAGUAAGAACCAGAACGUUCACAUCCACAUCGUGGACAUGUCCAGUGCUAGACAAGUGUGGGAGUUUGCGCAGAGUUUCUCACAGCGUAAUGACCUACAUGUGUUGAUCAACAACGCAGGCUGUAUGGUCAACCAGCGUGAGCUGACUGAGGAAGGUGUGGAGAAGAACUUUGCUACAAAUACCCUAGGCACAUAUAUUCUCACCACUGCAUUUCUACCUGCCCUGAAGAAAGCGAAGGAUCCCAGAGUGGUGAGUGGACUGUCAUAUUCUUGAUCUGUUGCACCA